GGGCCGUUGGACGGGUCCGCGGGCGCUACGAGGGGUCCGGCCGGGUGGAUUCGGGCGUCAUGGGUGCCUAAUGUAGCUCUGGAGAGGGUAGCUUCCUUUUUGUUUUUUUUCCUCACGACCCUCGCGUGGGGUGAGGGAAAUGGCCGAGCAGGACUGGGGCCACGCGCCGGCCGAGAGCAGGGCACGGUCCCUGCGUUGGUUCCUCUUAAGCUCUGUCCGUACCCUCCCCACUUAUUGUAGGAGCUGGAAGCGAUCAAAGCCCGAGUCAGGGAGAUGGAGGAGGAAGCUGAAAAGCUAAAAGAGCUACAGAACGAGGUAGAGAAGCAGAUGAAUAUGAGUCCACCUCCAGGCAAUGCUGGCCCAGUGAUCAUGUCCAUUGAGGAAAAGAUGGAGGCUGAUGCUCGUUCCAUCUAUGUUGGCAAUGUGGACUAUGGUGCAACAGCAGAAGAGCUAGAAGCUCACUUUCAUGGCUGUGGUUCAGUCAACCGUGUUACCAUACUCUGUGACAAAUUUAGUGGCCAUCCCAAAGGUUUUGCUUAUAUAGAGUUCUCAGACAAAGAGUCAGUGAGGACUUCCCUGGCCUUAGAUGAGUCCCUAUUUAGAGGAAGACAAAUCAAGGUGAUCCCAAAACGAACCAACAGACCAGGCAUCAGCACAACAGACCGGGGUUUCCCACGAGCCCGCUACCGUGCCCGGACCACCAAUUACAACAGUUCCCGCUCUCGAUUCUACAGUGGUUUUAACAGCAGGCCUCGGGGUCGCGUCUACAGGGGCCGGGCUAGAGCGACAUCAUGGUAUUCCCCUUACUAAAAAAAAUGUGUAUUAGGAGGAGAGAGAGGAAAAAAAGAGGAAAGAAGGAAAAAAAAAGAAUUAAAAAAAAAAAAAGAAAAA